AUGUUUUACGCAGGUGUUGAGGUGGCGGAGAGGUUUGCGUACUACGGCGUCAGUUCAAAUUUGAUCACAUACUUGACAGGAUCCUUGGGGCUGUCGACGGCAACGGCGGCCGAGAACGUGAACGCCUGGACUGGAACGGCGUCGCUUCUUCCACUCGUUGGCGCGUUCAUUGCUGAUGCUUUUCUCGGUCGAUACCUAACAAUUAUAUUUGCUACUCUGCUCUAUAUCCUGGCUCUUGCAUUGUUGGCCCUUUCAACUUUGCUUCCUUCUGAUUGUGAAAGUGAUGGGGGUGCCUCAUCUUGUUCUCCUCAGCUCCAAGUUAUCCUGUUCUUCAUUUCGCUCUAUCUUGUGGCCUUUGCUCAAGGUGGGCACAAGCCUUGUGUUCAGGCAUUUGGAGCUGACCAGUUUGAUGCAAACGAUCCAGAUGAAUGCAGAGCGAAAAGCUCAUUCUUCAAUUGGUGGUAUUUUGGAAUGUGUGUUGGCCCUACAGUUGGGAUCUUUGUUCUUAGCUACAUUCAAGACAACCUUAGUUGGGGUCUUGGCUUUGGGAUCCCUUGCAUCAUCAUGUGUUUUUCCCUGAUAAUAUUCUUGCUUGGAACAACGACUUACCGGUUUGGAGAGAAAAUGGAGGAUAAAAGUGCUUUCAUCAGGAUCGGCCAGGUGUUUGUUGAAGCAGCUCGGAAUUGGAGAACAACACCUUCAGCAAUAUCUGCGGAAGCGCAGGCUUAUGGAAACUUGCCUCAUCAGGGUUCUCAGCAAUUCAGAUUUCUCAACAAAGCCUUGCUUUCACCUGAUGGAUCAAGUGAAGAUGGAACUAUCUGUAGCAUCAGUGAGGUAGAAGAAGCGAAGGCAGUUCUUAGACUAGUCCCAAUAUGGGCGAGCUGUUUAGCUUAUGCAACUGUAUUUUCUCAAACUUCCACUCUAUUUACCAAACAAGGAGCUACCAUGAACAGGUCGAUUGGAUCAAGUUUCGAGAUUCCAGCUGCUACACUACAAUCUUUCAUCGGCCUCUCUAUUAUCAUCCUCAUUCCCAUCUAUGACACCAUCUUGGUUCCUCUUACUAGAGCUAUUACAAGAAAACCAUUUGGCAUAACAAUGCUUCAGAGAAUUGGAACCGGCAUCUUCAUAUCUAUCGUCUUAAUGGUGGUUUCAGCGCUCGUUGAGACAAAAAGACUCAAAAUUGCUUAUGAGUAUGGGUUAGUAGAUGAUCCGGCCGCAAUGGUCCCAAUGAAGAUAUGGUGGUUAUUACCUCAAUAUCUCUUGGCUGGAUCUGCUGAAGUUUUUACAGUCGUGGGUAUGCAAGAAUUCUUUUAUGACCAAGUGCCAAACGAACUCAGGAGCAUCGGUCUAGCGCUUUACCUCAGUGCCAUGGGGAUCGGCAACUUUCUGAGCAGCUUUCUCAUCUCAAUUGUCGAGAAAACCACAGGUCGAAAUGGUGAAGGCGGUUGGAUAUCGGAUAACUUGAAUCGAAGCCAUGUUGAUUAUUUUUACUAUCUUCUUGCGGGAAUUAGUGCGGGGGCUUUUGUGAUCUACAUCUAUGCUGCGAAAUCUUAUGUAUAUAAUCGAGGAAGAGGCUUGUAACGUUGAUGCAAUAUUCGGUAGAAGCACCCGCCACCAGGUGCAGGCGUUAUGAAAUUUUAAAGAUUCGGUGUGUGGUAUAUAUCCGGUUCAAAGAUUUGUUGGAAUGGUUGCAUCGCUCAUUAGGUUUGCGUAUCAAUCGGCUUGUACCGUGCUUUCACUAAUGAGAAUAGUUGUAAGUCCACUGGAUAUUUUGUUGGCUGUUUUCUAAAGCCUCAGGGUUAGUCGAAGUGUGUCAAGCUGACCCGGACGCCUAGGUUAAAAAAAUAGUUGUAACUGAGCUUCUCUAUGGCUUCUAGAACAGUUGA